AUGGGCCGAAUUGCAACAUUCGGUAUUGGAAUCUCGCUGCUGCUACUGCUGCUGCAGAAGAUGACUGGCCGUGGCAAAGGAGGAAAAGGGCUCGGCAAGGGAGGCGCUAAGCGGCACCGCAAGGUGCUUCGUGACAAUAUCCAGGGCAUCACCAAACCCGCCAUUCGUCGUCUGGCUCGACGUGGAGGAGUGAAGCGAAUCUCCGGUUUGAUAUACGAGGAAACCCGUGGUGUGCUGAAGAUUUUUCUGGAAAACGUUAUCCGGGACGCUGUGACGUACACUGAACAUGCCAAACGGAAGACCGUCACUGCGAUGGAUGUCGUCUAUGCGCUUAAACGCCAGGGACGCACAUUGUACGGUUUUGGUGGUUAA